AUGGCGGCCGUUCAUGGUCACUACAACAUCUGGAACGUAACAAGCGAGCAAGCUCUUCAAGAAGGAUGGCUAAGCCUACAAAACGUGAGGUCACUUUCAGCGAUCAGCGCUGCCCUAUCGAUAGCAAUGGCACCAGUAAUCGUAUUUGGAAAUAUAUUGGUCUUAGUUGCAGUUUGGAAAGAUCCCCUCAAGAAACUCCGAUCAUCACCCUCUAACCUCAUUUUGACAUCCAUGGCCAUAGCAGACCUAUUAGUUGGCUUGGUGGUUUGUCCGAUAACUGCUUAUUGGGGCUUGGUGAUAUUUGUGCGAGGAGAAUCACCGCUAGAUCUUUCUGUGAUAUGUGCCCUCAACGUUUUCUCUGAAAACGUGAGUUUUGGCCAUAUGUUCCUUCUAACAGUGGACAGAGUCUUCGCCGUAACUACGCCACUUCGUUAUCGUGUAAGAGUUACAAAUAAGAGAGUUUUUAUCGCCAACUGUGCUUGCUGGAUUUAUUUCAUAGCUUUUGGGAGUGCAUUCCUCAUGUUGCCCCAUUUAUUUGCCAUAAUGGGGGCUGUGUACAACUUUCAACUUCUAUUUAUGCUUUUGGGCAUGUUGGCCAUGUACGUAAUGAUCUUAAACUACUUUCACCGAUACUCCAAAGAAAGAGCAGAAGGACACUCACUCAGAGAUCGUAACAUUAUAAUGCAAAGAGAAAAAGAUCUCUUUAAGGCAAUCUCAGUUGUCGUCUGCGCAUUUCUCAUCUGUUACAUGCCGUGGUUAAUCGUUAAUACGUUGAUCUACUUUUGCAAAGCGUGCCAUCCACAUUUACCAUUACUGAUGGUUUCUCUCGGAUUUUCAGAAAGUCUGAAGUGCGCAAACUCGGGUUUAAACCCAUUUUUGUAUACGUGGCGACUCCCAAAGUAUAGAGAAACAUUACUAUACUUUUGGAGGCAACUCAUUUUAAAGAAAGGAAAAGCUAACAAAUCAAAAUUUACGAUAUCUUAAAGCUUCUGUUGAGGGUUUAGUUGUCAGAAAGCACGAACCUUAAAUAUAGAGAUCUAAUUGUCCUAGAAGAAUGGUGUUGAAUAUUUAAUAUCUGCCGCGUUUCAAACAAUCACCAGAUUUCGUAAACAGAAAGACCGUGGGGGUUAGUUGAUCGCUUGAUGGAAGUACGACGUCAGUAUCUGAAGAUUUUACCCUUCCAGAUUUAGAGAGAGAUGAAGGUCUCUUUGGGUCUAAUCAUGAGCUGUAAAACGGCAAAUAAAAGUUAGCCGUUAGGCGAAAAAGUUGACAACUUUUAACUGUUAGUCGUAAAGAAAGUUAAUGGUUAAAAUUUUCUUUCAACCGUAACGGAAAGAAAUUAAAUGUUAGCGGUAAAAUGAUUAACAUUUCAACUGUUAGCAGUAAAAGAAGCUAUCACCCAAGUGAGACACUCAGUGAUUUAUCGCCUUUAAAAACCAUAAAUAGCACUUGCGGGAAAGCGAAGUUCAAUGCGAGUUUCACUCGCAUUGAAACUGAUGCAUAUUAGAAGGUAGUUUUCUUGCGUGUCGGGAUUUUCAUUUUUAGUUUGAUAAAUUAAUAUGAGAUCCCUUGAGCUUUAAUCAAGUGAUCGACACACCAAGCUCUAGGGCAAUGUCUCGUAAAUAUCUUUAUUUGGGAGCAAAUAAAUAGAGUUAUCAUGAAAUCACUCACGAGAAACGAGUUUCAAUUUCCUGUAAGUUUUCUCUAAGUUCCGAUCACCAAUAUCUUAGUUUGUAUAGGUAAUCACAUGAUUUUAAUGGCAAUUUGGAAUAAAUAAGCACGAAUAAAAUGUUUUUAAAGACUAACAAAAUUGCACGAGCCCGUAGGGUGAGUGCAAUUUGUGGUCUUUGAAAAAAUUAACAAGUGCUUAUAUAUUCCAAAUUGCACGAGAAAAAUCAUGUGACUACGUGUUAAUAAAAAACAUGAAAAAAUACGAGAUAGCUCAUCAUAAUCAAGCAGAAGCAAAGCGCGCGCAUCAAGUGUAAAAAUAAUUUGCGUGCGUUCGGUCAAAACAAACGCGUACGAUCAAAACAGUAAUAGACAAUGAUAUCAUCACAUCUUUAAGGCACAAAAAAGUUCAAAGUCCGACUAAACAGUUAAAGGAAUUGUUCAGUCUUUGUCCGAAUCACUUUCAUCGUCAUCAGAGUUGUAACAAAGUCCAAAUUUUGAGAUUUCAAGGACUUUUCUCGACAAGAUUUUGAAGGUCUCAACUCUUUCGUUUCUGGGAAGUCGUGACAGUUAGGAGUCCAAAAAACUUGUCAUUCGUUUAUCUUUCUGCGCCAUUUCAAAUACAAUUACAUCAGUUUACAACAAUUGCUAAAGAAAGACGGAUUAAUAGCAGGGAAAUCUAAUAAAUACUAUUAAGUAUUGUAGGCGUGGGUUCCCCCACAAAAAGUAUUCAAUUAAAUAUACCUAGAAAACAGAAUAGUAAAUACCAAGUUUACAGGCCAUAUUUAUUAUCCAUGGAAGAAUGAGUAGUUGCUGAGAAAAGAUAUCUCAAAACUUUUUUUCUAAAGAAUGCUAGAGAUGAGAAGCCAGUGAUCUCAAGAUCAAUGGAGUUGAAGAAAACUGUUGAAUAUAUUUGUUCUACAAAAUGUAGAGGAAAGGAGUUUUUCAUGAAUAUAUUUUGAAAUUUUUGAGGGAGGAUCUUUUGAACGAAAGCAUGAAAUGACCAAGCUUUUUAAGCAAGUUACCGUAUUUUCUCGAAUAAGCACCUACGCUCAAAUAAGCGCCUCUCCCGAAUAACCGACCACCCCCGUGGCCAUAUGACGUCGAUUUGAAAAUGAAUAUAUAUAUUUAUAUUUGGAAUUUCGAGAAUGACUGGAUGUGUUUACCAUCUCUUACAGCGCCGCAAGUUAACCUCAGCAUAACAUAUGAGAGAGGCGUAGAGUUCCCAACAGAAACUUAACUAAUUUGCCAGCGGGAUUUCCUCUCUCGGACCACGCAAAUUUUGAUGAUUUCACGUUGUUAUUUUGCAGAUAGCGAAGAAAUGUACACAGUUUUAAAACGCACCUGCUGAGCUAUUGCUCUGCUUAUAAGACCGUUUGUUUUGUCACGUCCUCGUUGCCGUCGCCGUCGUGCUUUGCUAAAGGUCCUUAAUAUCAAACAAGUGCUCCCUCGAAUAAAGAACCCCCCUCCCCUCCUCCCUCACUUUUUUAAUAUCAGGGAUAAAAGGAAAAGCUGUUUCUAUUUCCGCUUUAUUCAUAACUUUUUUAAGCUUCAACCACAGAGGAAUCAGUACAGGUUGAUAGUUUCUUUAUAAGCGCCCCCCUCGAUUAAGCGCCCGCCUUCCGAUAAGCGCUCUCCUUUAGGCCGAAAUUUUAAAAAGGCACCAGGGUCAGGGUUAGGGUUUAGGGUUUAGGGUUAGGGUUUCUUGUAAAUAGGAUCUGUCUGAGUAUCAUGGUGAGACUUGUUUACUUUCCUGAUGAAACGUCUUUGCUAAAUGCCAAUCUAUGAUCAUUUGUUUUUAUAGCUUCAUCCGCAGAUUAAAUUAUAAUCAUUAAGACUUGGGGUCAUCAUGGGAUAGGAUUUGGAAAGAAUGAAACUAGAUCUAAAAAAGUAGACUUGUAGAUUUAGAUAUUUUUGCUAGCUACGUCAGAUAUAUGCGAUUUCCAUGUUACAUUUUCAUCUAAAACUACCCCAAGUUAGACUGUUUCAUUGACAUGUACGAUGGGUGUCUGAUUGAUGACGAUAUGAAAGUCGAUAUGAAAUACUUCUUUUCUUAAGGUUUAAGUUCUAAAAACAAGUAUCAGGAAUGAAAUAAAAUGGAUUGAUAUUUGCCCUACUAUUUCUUAAAUUUAGAUAAUGAACUGUCGUGGCGAGCCCUAAAAGUUAACCACACUGUUAAGAAACGGGCCCUUGGCCCUCUACCUGUGACCUUCUGGAGUCUCAAUCUCUUUUAGUAAUUUUUCUAUCUCGUGGUAGUCUGUGGAACGAAUACAAUCACACGAAAGGCCAUCUCGACUCAAAUGAUAAAAUUUUGGUGAUAAGCAGACCACCAGUUGUUUGUGAACUGACAAAGUUAUCAAAUUUUUUUGAAACAUAAAGGCGUCUGUAUUUUAAUUUUUAACUUAAGACAAUUUUGGAGCGAUUAGGUAACUGGUCGGAAAUCAUUUUCAUAAGACCCUUCCUAUGAAGAAAAAGAAAGCUAGACUAUUUCAGUUGUACUCGAGAUCGUUUGUAUAACAAAGGCAAGUUAAGUUUUUCAAAUCUGUCAAAUUUUUGGAUUUGGUACACAACAUUCUGCCCUAAAGUUCGGGUAACAUAUUAGUGGUGAUGCUUGCUAACCAAGAAACUCAAGGAGAGUUUGAGUGUAGUAAAGCCUUUUUUCAACAAGGGUGGCACAAAAUAGUAAUUAAAAAAUCCUAAUUAACCAGGGGCCCUCUUUAAAUUAAUAAACAUGACAAAAUUUAAACAGACAUUAGGAAAUAUUUAAAAUCUUCUUCUUGAAACCAUAGCAUAAUUUUAAAUAUGCAGAAAUAAGUUCACCUAAAAUGUUAUGAUCAAGUAAAACAAUAAUCCUGGCAGGUGAGCUGCAAUUUUACCAUUUGCAGAGAAAAAGGCCUGAAAAAAAAAAGAAAAAAAAAAAAGAACGAAAUUGAACCUUCGAAGGAGUUCGAACCCGAGGCUUCCGGGUACAAGUUAGGCUCAAAUACCAACUGAGCUACGAUUGCAAUUGCUUAAGUUGCCGAUCAUCUGCGAGUAUAAUUGCUUUCCUUGAUAUUUUAAAGCCUAGUGUCGUAAAACUGGUGCUCAAUGAAUUGUCCGCUUCGAUUAUUUCGCCUUUUCAACAAGUGCAUGAAAGUCUCCCGAUAUUUUGGAAACCUCCAUGCGUAUAUGAAUGGAUUCACACCCGAGUUUGCGUGCAUUAAACUUGUUGAAACAACGUAACUCAAACAUAAGUUAGAUAAAUCGCUAAAACAAGGCAGACAGAAAUAGAUUUGAAAGUGAGUCACAAACCAAGGUAUGAAACAAAAUAGCAGGUAAUUUAGUGUUAACAACUGAGUUGAAAACGUAAAUUAGCCACCGUAAAGGGUAAAAAAGCUGACGUUUCGAGCGUUAGCCCUUCGUCAGAGCGAUUGGAGGAAUUGUGGGUUCUGUGUGGGUUUAUAUGUAGAAAGUGGAGCUACGCUAUUGGUGGGAAGGUCUCCGGGCCCUCAAACAUUUUUUCGAUCAUCACACUGUUAGGGAAUCUAGCUCUGAAAACUAUUCCGUUUGGCCGAACUAGUACUCACACUCAAUUGUUUUUCAUUCGGUGGUAACUACUACAAACAAACUAAUGGCGUAGCCAUGGGUACCAAAAUGGGACCCAGCUACGCCAAUCUUUUUGUAGGUUUUAUCGAACAUCAAUUUUUUAGUCAAUACCACGGCCCAAAACCUGAACUCUACGGCCGUUACACUGACGAUUACAUCGGCGCUACCUCCUCUACCAAAGAGGAGCUCCCUCAAUUUAUAACCACCGUCAAUUCCUUUCAUCCGGCUCUUAAAUAUACCUUUUCGACACUUCUUUGCCUUUUCUAGACAUCAAAAUUUCAAUUGAAGGCAACGGUUUAUGCACUAGCGUUUACUUCAAACCUACAGAUUCACAUAGUUACUUGUUGCAUUCAUCUUCACAUCCAUCACACAUCAAGAACUCCAUACCUUUUUCACAGUUUCUCAGACUUCGUCGUUUAUGUAGUGACGACUCUGAUUUUUCCGAAAAAUCAGAGGCAAUGUGCCAGUUUUUCGAUAAACGUGGCUAUCCUGUCUCUGUCGUUCAAGCGGGCCACCACCGUGCCCAACAAAUUGAUCGACAGGCAGCACUACAAACGGCUGAGAAGGAUAACACUGACCGCAUUCCAUUUACUCUUACAUUUCAUCUUCACAACCACGCAGUUAAAUCUAUCAUUCUUAAAAAUUUUAAAUUACACCAAAACGAUUCAGAGACUGGCACUAUCUUUUUGCAACCCCCACUUAUUUCAUUCAAACGUGACAAAAACAUAGGCAACUUUUUAGUCAGGAGUUCAUUUCAAACCAAUGACCAAUCUGGAACUUUCAAAUGCGCUCGCUCACGAUGCAAAACUUGUUCUUUCAUUCAUAACGUAGAGAAAAUAUCGGGACCCAAAGAGAUCCAUUAAGAUCACUGAUCACUUUACGUGUACCUCCGCUAAUGUUAUUUACUGCAUAACUUGCACUUAUUGCAAUAAGUUAUACAUCGGCGAAACAGGAAGACGACUAGGUGACCGAUUCCGAGAAAACCCUCGCAACGUGGAAAGAAAUGACAAGGACGCAUCCAAACCAGUCACUAGACACUUUAAUCUUCCUAAUCAUUCUAAACAGCACAUGGCAGUUUGCGGCCUAUCCUUACAUCUACGCAGUUCGGAAAGUUCCGUAAAACCGUCAAUCCCCACGGAAUCAACGAGCGCUUUCCAUUCAACUAAUUUAUUCCUGUUUUCUUGUCACCGUAUUCCCACCAAUGACGUAGCUCCACUUUCUGCAUAUAAACCCACACACAACCCACAAUUCCUCCAAUCGCUCUAACGAAGGGCUAACGCCCGAAACGACAGCUUUUUUACCCUUUACGGUGGCUAAUUUACGUUUUUAACGCAGUUGUUAACACUAAAUUACCUGCUAUACUCCCCUACCGAUGCAGCACCACAGUUUCUUUAGAAACUUACCCCUUUAUGAAACAAAAUAGGUAUGCGCAAAUGACAACUGCUAUAGCUUUGCAGAGCUCUCUUUCCCGUUGAAGGAUCAUCUGACGUUGAGUUGUUGAUUGAUGUGUUAAUUCCGACUUCUGGCAAUAUAAAUGGAAGCGUUUUACCAUCACAGCAGACAUUACAGAUAUGCUAAGGAGAAUGCUGAUAAUUUGAAUACUGUACGCAGUUUCCAUUAUGAUAAAGUAUCGGUGUUGCAAUAAGCCAAAGGUAAUUUCAAAGAUGAAGAAAUAAAUCCAACGGCUAACAAUAGCAACACUGAUUCCUUUAGGCGUGACAACAGCUCGAUACUGAAGCGGUGUUAUGAUGGCAAAGAAUCUGUCAAGUGUUAGAUGGAAGAUGUGACCAACGCUAACGUAGACGAAGAAAGCGCUGCAUAUGAUCGAAAUAGCGCAUAUAAAUACUGUAUGGAAUUCGGGGCAUUUUGAAAGAUGAAACACGGACCAACCCCAAGUCACGGAAACACGGACCAACCCCAAGUCACGGCUGUAGGGAGUAGAACUGAUCCAACAAGAAAAUCGGCAGUGGCCAUUGAUAACACGAUCAACCCAGAUGGCGAUCUGCGAAGCUUCUUUAGAGGGUCUUUCCAAAUUGACCAAAUGACCAACGAGUAUCCAAAGACAAUUAUCGGAGCACAUGCGAUUCCAAGAAUGACAAAGUUAAAGUUACAGUUAUAGUCUCUAAGUUGUCCACUCUCAGCCAGAGUACAUUGAAAGUUUCUUUGCUUGUCAUUUUCCAAAAAUCGUGAUGGCUCACAAGCGCAGUCAUUCUCAUUCAAAACGCAAUUCAAAUGUAGAAAGUAGCUGAAGUUAAGUCCCUUGUCUGAUUUACAUGAGGUUUGUGAUUUGCUUUGAGGACUCUAAUUAAGGAGAUUCUGAACAUCACAUUGUUUGUAAACUAGGCCAAGAUAAUGACAGGAUGUUAAUAUUUGCUGUUUCAGCAAUUUGUGAGCAUGUAAUUGAACUAAUGUGCCGAAGCGAAAGCUAAUCAGUUAGGUCGUAUUCAAAUUUCACAAUCUUCAUUUCAAACUAAUCAUCUUACGCUAUCGUACUCACGAGGAGAUGACUAAGUUAUUCAGUGAUACUCAGCUGAAAAUUUAGCUUUUGACAAUGUGUUGCCUCGGGCUUAAAAAUGGAUUCGGGCUCUUUGAGGGGUCUCUUACUAGUGUACAAAGAUAUAGAGAGAUUAAUAACUGAUAUGAUCUAUGAGAAGGGACGCUAUCGAAAGUUGCAUGCAAUUAAGCAAUCUCGUCAAGUUGUUGAAACUUUUUUAUUUGCGCUAUAAAGCAAAUAUUUUUGCAUGAUUAAAGUCUCUAAAAGAAUUUAAGACAAUAGAAUAAUAUGAGUAUAAUCAUUGAUUAAAUUUUUGAACUGUGAAAGUUGGCCUAACCAAAUUGUUAGUUGAUUGUUACGUGAUCCAACCGCAUGCAUCAAUAUCUUUCACAAAGGGAGAUUUGAGGGGGCAUCUAAAAACAAUAAGACGGUUUUGAACAAUAAGGAUAUUAGUAGUUGUUAAAAUAUCUUUUCCGUCUUAAUGACAUCAAUGAAGAUAAAGAAGCAUGUCAUGAGCAUUUUCACAAAUUGAAAGACGAAGGUUGAAUCAUAAUCGUAAACAUAGAAGUACGAUUAGGUUUUUGUGUGUAUAAUUUUCUUGUUUUCUUUGUAAAAGUCUCGUCUUCUGCUUUAAAGAAGAAUUUUUUGGAGUCAAAGUGGAGAGAAUACACAAUUGGAAAUAUAAGCUUCCAAUAUACUUCAAUACAACCGCAAACUUUAUAUUGUCAUUAUCUUCUUGAGGUCAAAGCGAACCAAAGUGUCUUCAACAUAUGACUUAUUUUUACACGAGUCACCGAGUUGCAGACUCCAUCGAGGAAUUAACCCAGAUAACAGGUUGAAAUGGCAGCCUUUCUUGGCCACUACAACAUUUGGAACUUAACAAGCGGCCGAGCUCUUCAAGAAGGAUGGCUAAGCCUACAAAACGUGAGGCCACUUUCAGCGAUCAGCGCUGCCUUAUCGAUAGCAAUGGCACCAGUAAUCAUAUUUGGAAAUAUUUUGGUCUUAGUUGCAGUUUGGAAAGAUCCUCUCAAGAAACUCCGAUCGUCACCCUCCAACCUCAUUUUGACAUCCAUGGCCAUAGCAGACCUAUUAGUUGGCUUGGUGGUUUGUCCGAUAACUGCUUAUUGGGGCUUGGUGAUAUCUGUCCGAGAAGAAUCACCACUUGAUCUUUCUGUGAUAUGUGCCCUCAACGUUUUCUCUGUAAACGUGAGUUUUGGCCAUAUGUUCCUUCUAACAGUGGACAGAGUCUUCGCCGUAAUUACGCCCCUUCGUUACCGUGCAACAGUUAAAAAUAAGAGAGUUUUUAUCGCCAACUGUGCCUGCUGGAUUUAUUUCAUAGCUUUUGGGAGUGCAUUCCUCGUGUUGCGCGAUUUAUUUGCCAUAAUGGGGGCUGUGUACAACUUUCAACUUCUAUUUAUGCUUUUGGGCAUGUUGGCCAUGUACGUAAUGAUCUUAAACUACUUUCACCGAUACUCCAAAGAAAGAGCAGAAGGACACUCACUCAGAGAUCGUAACAUUAUAAUGCAAAGAGAAAAAGAUCUCUUCAAGGCCAUAUCGGUCGUCGUCUGCGCAUUUCUCAUCUGUUACAUGCCGUGGUUCAUUGUUAAAACGUUGAUCUACUUUUGCAAAGCGUGCCAAACACAUCUAUCAUUACUGAUGAUUUCUUUCGCAUUUUCAGGAAGUCUGAAGUGCGCAAACUCGGGUUUAAACCCAUUUUUGUAUACGUGGCGACUCCCAAAGUAUAGAGAAACAUUGCUAUACUUUUGGAGGCAACUCAUUUUAAAGAAAGGAAAAGCUAACAAGUCAAAAAUUACGAUAUCUUAA